CCAGGACAUCACCCAUCCACGUUCUCCAGAGAUGCUGCCUGACUGCUGUGUCCUUUCAUGUAUCUGCAGUCCAGUGUUUCUACUACGUAAAGAUACUGAAGAACGUCACCCAGGCCCACUUGCAUCGUAUUCAGCCCACAUCCUAAAUAUUCCCUCCCUUCACCCUUGUGGCACAGUGACCAUGGUGACCAUCCAUAAAAUACACAGCUCAUAGUCACCAGGGUCACUCCACAGUUAACCACCAAGGAGACGGGCAAUAUGGGCAUGGAGACACCACUGUCCCCAGAUUUCCUUCAAAUCAUACACCAUUUCGCUGUUCCCUCGUUGCUGCCGGCUCGAUGGUCUGUAGUUCCCAAGGUAACAUCUCUACUUGACUGCAGCAAUUCAAGAGAAUGAUUACUAUCACUUUGGCAACUAGGGAUGGCCAAUACAUGUCGUUCUUUAAGGUGUAUAGUUACGAGGUGUAUAGUUAAACAGCACUGAAAUAGGCCCUUUGGCCCCACUUGUCCAUGCCGACCAUAACUCCUGAUCACCACCCCACAACCAACAAUGGACCAUUGUGGGCUCCAUCUUUCCUUGAUCAUCGUCGCUCUUUGCAUAUCUUUCAUUCAUUCGUUCUAUGUGCCUUCGAUAUCCCUCGUUUCUCUUUUCCCCCGAAUCUCAGUCUGAAGAAGCAUAUCGACCCCAAAUGUCACCUAUUCCUUCUCUCCAGAGACGCUGCCUGACCCUGCUGAGCUACUCCAGCUUUUUGUGCGUGUCCUCUUGCCCCAUUUUCAUAGUCCCACUAGUCCGAGUUUGGCCAAUAUCCCUCUGAUCCUUUCCUACACAUGUCCCUACCCAAAAGUAGUUGUAAAAAGUUUGCUCAAACCCCUUUCACUCAAGGAGGGAAAUUGAAAUGAUGUCAGUGUUUUUUAGUUCAUGACUUUGAAAUUUUCAAAGCAGCCACAUUCCAGCCUGCCCGAACAUUGCAAUCUAAUAGCUGAUCUGUGCUGCCUAAUCCCAGAGUGAGUUACUGCCAACAAGAGAUAAUCUUCAAUGCUUGGCAUGGAAUGUGCAUUUGUCUUUGAUGUUAACCUCAACUAGAUUGUUUAGCUGGGCCAGAAGAUAAAAUUUAUAGACUAAUAAAUUCACAACAAAUGUAAUGAAAUGUGUCAACUUUUUUACAGUCAACAUCAGUCAAGAGUCUGUGUAUGUGCAACUGAGAAAAUGGUUGAAAGGAAAAGACUUCACCGACUUCCACUUGGUGCCAGCAAGUUUCCCAGGUAUUGGCAGAGGACUAAUGACCACCAAAGCUCUCCAGCCUGGAGAACUUAUUAUUGCUCUACCGGAGCAAUGUCUGCUCACCACCACAACAGUCCUCGGGAGUUAUUUGGGUGAAUACAUCGAGAGAUGGAAGCCCCGUUUGUCUCCACUCCAGGCCUUGUGUGCAUUCCUCGUCGCCGAGAGACAUUUUGGGCGCCGGUCUCCGUGGAAACCUUACAUCGACGUCUUGCCAAAUUCGUACACCUGCCCGGCUUAUUUUGCAGAGGAAUUAAUAAGACUGCUUCCCAGCCCUUUGAUGAAGAAGUUUCGGGAGAAAAGGAACACAGUACAAGGGCUCCACCUGGACUCCGAGCGCUUCUUCAAAUCUUUGCAGCCGUUGUUUUCUGAAAGCGUUGAGAAUAUUUUUACAUACGAUGCCUUGCGUUGGGCCUGGUGCAGUGUCAACACCAGGACUGUUUACAUGGAGCACAAGAAGAGCGAGUUCUUAUCCAGAGAGCCUGAUGUCUACGCUUUAGCACCAUAUUUAGACCUGCUGAACCACUCACCAGCUGCUCAGGUGUCCGCUGCCUUCAACCGGCAAAGCAGAUGUUAUGAGAUCAGAACGUCCACCAGGUGCAGGAGACACGAGCAGGUUUUUAUCUGCUAUGGUGCUCACGAUAACCAGCGGCUCCUCUUGGAGUACGGGUUUGUGGCGACCACUAACCUCCACAGUGCGGUGUAUGUUGACAAAGAUAUUCUUUGCAAUCGCCUUCCCCCAACGGACAAGCUACUGAAUGGGAAGCUCUCAUUCCUGCGAGACAGCGGUCUAUUGGAAAACUUGACGUUUGGACAUGAUGGACCUUCGUGGAGGCUUCUGACUGCUCUUAAAGUGCUUUGCCUCAGACCAGAGGAAUAUUCGUUGAGAAAAAACAUCCCUCUUGGGUUGUACGUGUCUGAUGAAAACGAGAGAAGUAGUUUGGAGCUUGCAGAAAGCCUGUGUCUCCAGCUCAUGAAUGAAAACCAGCAGUUGACGCAACAAGUUUCCAAACUAACAGAGGACAGAGCCGAGAUUUUGGAACAGCUGCAGUUGGUGGCUGCUCUGCGGAGGGAGGAACUGAGGAUACUCCAAGCGUCUAUCGAAAUGCUGCAAAAUAUGAGGGCCAUCACGCCCAGGUAACGGUCGGGACUAUCAGUACUUCCUCUGGGAUGAGCACAAACAGCACCGAAGUAGAGAUGGUUGAAGACUUCAAAUUCCUUGGAGUAAAUAUCACCAACGACUUCUCCUGGACCACCCAUGUUGAAGCAACGACCAACACAGCGCAGCAACGUCUCUAGUUUGCACGAAGGCUUUGGAAAUUCGGCAUGUCCCCAACAACGCUCACCCACUUCUACUGAUGCGGCGUAGAAAGCAUUUUAUCAGGAUGCAUCGCAGCUUGGUUUGGGAACAGCUCCAUCCAAGACCGCAAGAAAUUGCAACGAAUUGAGGACGCAGCCCAGACCAUCACACACACCAACCUCCCUCCUAUCGACUCCAUUCACUCACCUUGCCUCGGCAGGGCCAGCAGUAUAUUUAAGGAUGAUUCGCAACCUGAUCACUUCCUCUUCUACAUAGAAACAUGGAAACAUAGAAAUUAGGUGCAGGAGUAGGCCAUUCGGCCCUUCGAGCCUGCACCGCCAUUCAAUAUGAUCAUGGCUGAUCAUCCAACUCAGUAUCCCAACCCUGCCUUCUCUCCAUACCCCCUGAUCCCCUUAGCCACAAGGGCCACAUCUAACUCCCUCUUAAAUAUAGCCAAUGAACUGGCCUCAACUACCCUCUGUGGCAGAGAGUUCCAGAGAUUCACCACUCUGUGUGAAAAAAGUUCUUCUCAUCUCGGUUUUAAAGGAUUUCCCCCUUAUCCUUAAGCUGUGACCUCUUGUCCUGGACUUCCCUAACAUCGGGAACAAUCUUCCUGCAUCUAGCCUGUCCAACCCCUUAAGAAUUUUGUAAGUUUCUAUAAGAUCCCCUCUCAAUCUCCCAAAUUCUAGAGAGUAUAAACCAAGUCUAUCCAGUCUUUCUUCAUAAAACAGUCCUGACAUCCCAGGAAUCAGUCUGGUGAACCGUCUCUGCACUCCCUCUAUGGCAAUAAUGUCCUUCUCCUCUCCCAUCGGGCCAAAAAGGUAUAACAAUGCGAAAACGCACACUUCAAGAUUCAGGGACGGUUUCUUCCCAGCUCCUGUCAGACAACUGAACCAUCCUACCUCAACCAGAAAGCAGGCCUGAACUACUGACUACCUCAUUGGGGACCCUUGGACUUUGCUGCCUGUACCUUGCACUAAACGUUAUUCCCUUAUCAUGUAUCUCUGUACUGUGAAUGGCUGGAUUGUAAUCAUGUAUUGUCUUUCUGCUGACUGGUGAGGACGCAACAAAGUCUCUUCUCUGUACCUCGGUACACGUGACAAUAAACAAAUUAAACUAAAUGAAAAGGUGGAUUGGACAUACAAGAGACUGUGGAUGAUGGAAUCUUAGGCAACAAACAUAUUCCUGGAGGAAUUCAGCAGGCCGAGUAGCAUCCAUGAAGGGAAAUGGAGAGAUGAUGUUUCUGGUGGGACCAUGCAACCUGGGUUUGGGUUAGUU